AUGAAAUCCCCCUAUUGGCGCAACACUAAACAUAAUUAUUCAAAACCCUACUUCACACAUGGAGGCGUAAAUCAAGUAGAAGACAGCUCGGAGGAGGAGGAGGACACAGGCGAUUUGCUUGAUAUGAAGGAGAAAUUUGUAACUGACACCCACCGCCUUGCAAUGCGAAACAGAAACAACUUGACCUUCACAUUUCAAAAGAAGGCAGACCUUCGACUGAUUGCGUCUCCGGACUUUGAAACAAAAAAUGAAAAGGAAGAAGAAAUGGAGCAACCAGUAAAGGCCACAACUGCCGACAAAUACACUGAAAUCAAAUUUCCUGAGGCACCGAGUAAAGCCAGGUUUUCCAUCUUGGAUUUGUAUAAAACCCCUGAGAAGGAAGUCAUUGAAAUAGAAGACGAUAAAGAGGACGUUGACAAUAACAAUGAAACCAAAGAGAUGGAAAUUGAAAUGCUUGGCGACCAACAGCCCACGUUUGAACAACAAAUCAAAAAGCAACAAAAGAUGAUUGACGAAAUCAACAAACAACUGAAGAAGAAGACUGAGAUGGACAAGAAAAUGCGGGCAGAUGCCAAAAAGUUGAAAGUGAUUCAACAAGACCAACAAGACGCUGCGAUCAGGAAAAAAAUAUUUGCCGAGAUCGACAAGCAAAUAAACGAGCAAAUGCAGAGGAAAAGCAAACCCACAUUUGAUAAGCCAAAUCGGCAAGUCACUCCAAUGGAACUUGAAACACCAAACAUGGAAGAUCCCAAACGUGAACUAGAAACAAAAAGUAUUAAUAUCAUCGACUCCAGUAUCACCGAGACAAAAGAAAUAUCUUCACUCCCACAAGACGAGGGUGUUAUUAAUGUUGAAGAUGGGUGCAUGGACGCAACAGGUAUGGAAGAUGUACAGCCAAUCUUGUUUAAAGAGUCUCGCGCAACACUCCCACUCUUUUCUGUGUCUGGGAGAAAUGAAAGUGGCUUCACUAUUAACUGUGAGACGACGAGCAAAGACACGGUGUCGGCACGUGGUAAACCAAUACGAGAAAGCCCACACAAUAAGUCGGAAAAGAAAGAGAAGAGAUGUACCCAAUUAAAGAAAUUGAGUGAUUACGAAGACUGCGUUAUCAAUGAAGACAACGACGAAAUCAAGAUCGAAGACGAGACCGUUAUACCUCAAGAGAAAAGUGAAGGAGAAGACACAAAAGUGAUGCAAGUGGAGAGAAAGGCGUCGGCCGAUCCAUUUGCGAAGAAAUACACUGAGAUACGCAAAAAGCAGAUAUUUCCUGCGUGUUACACAUUGUUAAGCAAACGAGACGAGCAGUGGGUCUUCGAGAGGAAUAACCAAUUGAGUGGCGAUGAGAUGGCGACACAUAUUAAAAGAGAUCCCAAUCGAAUGGGGAUAAUCGACUGUUCGUUGCGUGGGGUAGAUGUUAAACAGACGUGGUCGAGUUUAAUUAAUGAGGAAUCUGGGACUGGGCUGAGUUAUGUCUAUCCCCUUGGCGAUGGUGUUUUCAGUGAGAAUAAGUUCAAAGAAGAAGUUAUCAAAACGUAUAAAAAGGACGGGUUUGUUGAUGUGUAUGUAAUGUACUUGAAAAAAAAGAAUGUGUUGAGUGAGUGGAUGGUCGUAUGCCCGGGAACACGUAACGAAAUGGCUGUUGGGUGUAAAAAGGCGAAUAUACCAAAUAAGAAAAUGCUUGUCUUAUUACCAGUGCCGAUGAAACUGGAAAAAGAUGAAUAUUACGUUGUCUACAAAAACUACUUGAAGAGAAGGUCGGCGAACGACAUAGUCGCGAUUUAUGUAAAGAUGAAGUAA